AUGAACUCCCGUUUGGGCGUCGUUGCCGGUGCUUCGUCCUCAUCGUCCUCCUCCGCACCAUCUCCUUCAUCAGCAUCUCAGCGGCCGGGUCAAACGUUGCCUCAACUACUACCGACAAACCAACAAGAUUCAUUGUCGUCCAACACCUCGUCCGCACUCGCCACACCCUCACGAUCCUCGAGCACGCCGUCGCCCGCAAACACAACCUCUUUCGCCGCCCCCGCAGGUUCGGACCGCGUGCGUCGCAUCGAGGAGUUCGAGAUGGAGUCAAUGGCCGCCCCGCAAGGGCAUCGGCGGCGGAGGAGCACGCAUACCAGCCCGACUACUCGGAGUCGGGGUCCGGACGAUCGAAAGCUGCAUGGGGUUGCGGACGACAGGGAUACCGAAAUUCAGAGUGGAAGACGGAUGGACACGGACGACGACGACGAUAGCGGCAUCUCGGACGAGGAUCUGCACGAUGAUGAGGAGGCCGGCCUGACUAGGAAACACAAGGAACGCAAGCGGGAUAAGAGGAGAAGGAACACUCAAUUCGACCAGAGGAUAGUCCGGGGCGGUACUAUAUCCGAGGAGGAGAAACGUGAGGCGGAUAAAAACGUCAUGCGCAAUCUCGUCAUUAACGCCGUGCUCAUUGGGCUGUGGUACCUCUUCUCGUUGGGUAUUUCAAUUUACAAUAAGUGGAUGUUCGAUUCCAAAGAACUCGAUUUCCGCUUCCCCAUGUUUACAACAUCGCUCCACAUGGUGAUCCAGUUCGCUCUCUCGAGCUUGGUUUUAUACUUUUUCCCUUCAUUAAGGCCACGCAACGGAUACAAAUCCGAUAUGGGCCAAUCGAGACAUGAAUCCGAGCCUGAAAGACCCAUCAUGACUAAGUGGUUCUACUUGACACGGAUCGGGCCGUGCGGAGCGGCCACGGGGUUGGAUAUUGGAUUGGGAAACACAAGUUUACGAUUCAUCACCUUGACAUUUUAUACAAUGUGUAAAUCCUCGUCUCUGGCAUUCGUGCUCAUGUUUGCCUUUCUUUUCCGCCUCGAGGCUCCCACGUGGCGCCUGGUAGCCAUUAUAGCCACCAUGACGGCCGGCGUUGUCAUGAUGGUCGCUGGCGAAGUCGAGUUCAAAUUGGGAGGGUUCUUCCUGGUCAUCUCGGCAGCGUUCUUCUCGGGCUUCCGCUGGGCUCUCACGCAGAUCCUGCUUCUGCGCAACCCGGCAACGUCGAACCCCUUCUCGAGCAUCUUUUUUCUCGCGCCCAUCAUGUUCCUGACGCUCUUCACCAUCGCCGUGUUCGUCGAGGGCCUCGGGGAGCUAUUUGAGGGUUUCAAGGCGCUUGCGGCCGCUAAAGGCGCGCUGGCGGCGCCUGCUAUUCUUAUCUUCCCCGGAGCCAUUGCCUUUGCUAUGACUGUGUCCGAGUUCGCCCUGCUGCAGCGGACUUCGGUAGUGACGCUCUCCAUCGCGGGCAUCUUCAAGGAGGUGGUGACAAUUUCGGCGGCAUCCCUGGUGUUUGGGGACACGCUUACCAUAAUCAACAUAUCUGGACUGGUGGUCACUAUCGGGGCCAUCGGCGCCUACAACUACAUCAAGAUCACACGGAUGAGGGAGGACGCCCGCGCGACGGUACAUGGGGACCAACGUGCCGGCGCCGGCGACGGAGCAGGGGGCAACAGCGCCAGCGCGAGUGAGGACGAGGAUGAGGAUGCCACCUUACUGAUUUCAGGGAGGGGUGAGGAUGGCAAGGGAGGAAGGACGCUGUUUGAUGCGGAACAGGGAACGAAAACGAACGCUGCAUUGGGGGCAGGAGGCGCUGGGAGAAGUGCAGGACAUUAG